CCACCCAUAUUAUCGACACCGUUCAUUUUCACCCUUUUUCAUCGCCGCCGCCUUCGCCCCCUCUUUCGUCUCCUUUCCUCUUCUUUCUCCCCUCAAUCCCGAUGGUGGUUCCUCUUCUGUGAUAGGUCGAUAUCGAUCAAUCCCAUCACCUUAUUGAGAUUUGUCGGGGCUUGCUUUGUUUCGAUUUUGGUUGCCGGAGAAGAUGCCGCAGUUCGAAACCUUUCCAGCUCGAGGGAUCCGGCGGAUUCGCUUCUCACCGACAGAUCCGGGAACAAGUGAGGAACUCUUUCAGGGGAGAAUAUGCUUACAUGAUUGCGGUAGCAACAGUGAGCAACGUUUGGCAGAAUCCUAUUGUUCUCAUCAUGUUCCAUCAAAUAAAGAAAUGAGAUUAUCUGGAUUCGACUUACCUCACGACCUAUCUAGGAACUGUAUAGCUGAAAUUGGUGGUUACUUUUGUCACCAUGCUGACGACUGUUCAUCUUCUCAGUAUUCAGAAGCAUUUAAUUGUUCCUCCUUCUGCUCUGAUCCUGUGGACACAUAUGCAGCAGUAGGAGGAAUUUCUCCAUCUUCAAAUUAUGGUAGUAACAUCUCUCUGUCUCAAGGCACCUGUGUACCACUCAAAGAUGGCAGUGCUAGUGCUGAAUAUGGUCAAUUUUUUGUUAGUGGAUGGAUGUAUAUCAAUGAAGAUGGCCAUAUGUGUGGACCAUACAGUCAAGAGCAGCUUAGUGAAGGCCUGUCUUCAGGGUUCUUGCCAGAAGAACUUCCAAUUUAUCCUGUUGCACAUGGAAGUUUCAUGAAUCCUGUGCCUUUGAAAUAUUUAAGACGGUUGUCAAAUUCUGUAUGUGAUGCUUCAAGUUUUUCUGGCAUGACUAGCGAAAUGCAUGAGUUGGUAGGCCGGGGUUCAACGGUUUCAUAUGAAGUUCAAAAUGCAGAACAGGGCAAGCUCAACUCAGCAAUGAAUCAUACUUCAUUGGUGCUUUUGCAGCCAUUCACAAGUGAAGACAGCUGCUGGAUGUUUGAGGACAAGGGUGGUAACAAACACGGAGCUCAUUCAUUUGCUGAAUUAUAUUAUUGGUAUCACAACAGUUACCUUGAUGGUUCUUUAAUGAUACAUCAUGUUGAUAAUUUGGUUGGGCCAUUUACAUUGGCAUCUCUAAUUGAGGAUUGGAGCACAAUUAGCAGCCAGCAUAUUUCUGAAACUAAUAUUAAGGCCAAGGUUACUAACAAGCAUUCCAACAGUCGUUCCAAUUUCAUUUCUAAUGUAUCAGAUGAAGUUUCAAUGCAACUGCAUCCUGUCAUAAUGAAAGCUGCACGCCGUGUUCUGGUAGAUGAAAUCUUGAGCAGCAUCAUACCUGAUUUUUUUUUAUCGAAAAAGGCCGAGAGACAAGACAGAUCAAAACCAACAUAUCAGGAUAAUAGAAAACAUGAUUCAAGCAAAGGAAAGAAGGUAGCUUCAUCACAGGACAGUUUUGCUUCUGGCUCCUGUGUUACCUUUCCAGAGUUAUUAUUAGCAGUUCGGAAAUUCAUUUACUAUGAUUGCAUGAAAGCUUCAUGGGAUGCUUUCUUUUCUGAUCUGGCGGUGGAAUUUUGUAGUUCAUGGCUUAAAAGAAAGCACUGGUUAGAUUUACCUGUUGUUGUUGAAUCUGGGAGGCAAGGUUUGCCUAAGAUGGGUGAGAUGAAAAAAGAUGAUGAUAAAGUUGUACUUCUGUCUCUGAUACACAAUGGGGAUUCUGCACCAGGAUUUGUAUCAAGCAAGGAGGAUUUUUAUGCUUCUUCUUUGCCAUUGAUUCCAGGAGCUUGUAAAUUACUGAAAGAGAGGGAGAUGAAUUCAUCAAGAAUCCAAGGAAUUCUAGAAAAUGAUUUGUAUGUGUCAGCCAAGAUAUCUUUGUUUAGAUUCUUUCAGGAUGCCAUAAUAGAGGAACUAACAAAUUUAUUUUGCUUGGCAUCAAACUAUAAUUUGAAUGAUGACAAGCUUGAUGUAACUGAAAACAAGCAAUAUGCCUUGUGUAGCUUGCAAGACAUGACUGCUGAUAUUGGGAUCAAUGCUUCUGAUUAUCUGGGAACAGAGCCAGCAAGUCCCUCUACAGCAUCUUCAAAUGCUUUUGAACAAUUGGGAUCUGACUUAUCAGAUGAUAAUGGUGUUGAUAUUACUGAUGAACCACCUCCUCCUGGGAUGGAUAAUUGUUCGAUUAUGAUCCUUCCAAACAAUAAAUUUCGGCCUCAAAAGUUGAUUGAGCACAUUCCACAUUUGGAUAAGUAUGCAACUUUGGCAAUCUUUAGACAAAAGUUGCAUGAUCAUGUACUUAAAAAGUUGAAGUACACUUACUUUGGUUAUAUGCUCAAUCAAUAUUUUGAGUCUUGUCAUUCUUUGCGAGAAUUUCAACUGGAUGCUACAAAAGUUGACAGUAAGACAAGACACCCAAAAAAAUUGCUUGAGGAUGAAUCGUAUGAUUGCUUGCAAGAUGCUACCUCUAGUUUAUCAUUGGCUUCCAAGAAUCAUAAGGGAAAUUUUGGAUAUUCUACUAAGUCAAAGUUGACUGCUUCAUCUUUGAAGACUGGAAAGCAUACUUAUGUCCAGAAAAAAAGGUUUGCUAAGAAAAUAUUUGAACCCUUAGUUCUAUCGGAGGAUCAUCAACAAUCAAAGCAGGAUGUGAGCACCUUGCAUUCUCAGAAUAUGAUCGAAUCACUUCCAGAGUUAGUAGUAAACAUGAGUCUAAGAAGUGUGAGUUCCCAAGAACUUGGUAGCUACAAGACUGGGAAGCUGCUAGAGAAUUCAUGCUGUCAAGCUAGUAACCAUAAGGAAUCACUUGAUUCUUCUAUUUUCCCAAGAAAAAGGCGGAGAUUGAGGAAGGCUUAUCUGAAUGUCAAAGAAAUGCCCACAUUCUCCAAUUCAAAUGCUACGCUUUCUUUUGGUGAUGAUUCAUGCAGUGUCAUUAGUGAGAUGCCUGCUGUUGUUCACAAGUGCCAGUUUAGUAAUGAAAAAAAUGAGUCUGAUCCUUGGAUAUCACAGCAGGGUUCCAGCUCCAACACAGUUGAUAAAUUUUCUGAAAAUAAAAAACAUAAACUUAGUGUUCAGGGUGAAUCAAAAAAUUUGGCAAAUUGUAGUAACACAAUGAAGUCAAAACAAACUUCUUUUCUGAAGAAGAUGGAGGAAGAGUUUAAGCAUCUUUCACCAAUUCCUGAGGAUUCUAAAUUGCCAUCUACAAUUUCAUCUAGAAAACGAAAGCAUAAGCACUCUGCCAAAAGAAAGGUUAAAUCUACAAUUCCAUGUCCUAAGUCAGAUGGUUGUGCACGAUCUUCCAUUAAUGGUUGGGAGUGGCAUAGAUGGUCUAGAGCUGCACUGCCAUCGGAGAAGGCUUACAUAAGAGGAAUCCGUACUCAGCACUUUUCAAUAGGUUUCCGUGGAAAUUAUUUGCGAAAUUCAAAUUCUAAAGGUCCUUCUGCAAGAACAAACCGUGUUAAGCUGCGUAACCUUCUUGCUGCUGCAGAUGGGGCUGAAUUAUUGAAAGCGACACAGAUAAAGGCGAGGAAGAAACGGUUAUGUUUCCAGAGAAGCAACAUACAUGACUGGGGUCUGGUUGCUCUAGAACCAAUUGAUGCAGAAGAUUUUGUGAUUGAAUAUGUGGGGGAAUUGAUUCGCCGACGGACAUCUGAUAUACGUGAGCGCCUGUAUGAAAGGAUGGGAAUUGGCAGUAGUUACCUCUUUCGGUUAGAUGACGAUUAUGUGGUAGAUGCAACCAAACGUGGUGGCUUGGCAAGGUUUAUAAAUCAUUCUUGUGAGCCAAACUGUUACACAAAAGUAAUUACUGUCGAGGGUCAAAAAAAGAUUUUCAUCUAUGCGAAGAGACAUAUAUCUGCAGGUGAGGAAAUCACUUACAACUACAAAUUUCCCCUGGAAGAAGUAAAGAUCCCUUGCAACUGUGGUUCUCAUAGGUGCCGGGGAUCAAUGAACUGAAAUUAUAUUAAUUUGCAUGGGUUAAGCCCAUUCCUAUGAGGAAAUUGGAGUGUUGCUCAGCCAACCUCAAAGGCUUGGUUACUCCUUUUUUCUGAUACCAGCCAAACUAAAACCUGGUUCUGGUGAAGGAGCUGCUGUUAUUGAUGUCAAUUUUGUCAUAGCUAUGAUUGUUGAUGUGAUGAUGUGUCAUGACUGCUCUUGAAGUUCCGCAAGUGUGAUGGAUUUUAGGUUGAAUUGGGAAACCAGAUAGCUCCAUCAAAGACCAUUUAUGCUCUGUGCAGCAUUUUGUCACAUGCAUCUGUAGCUGAAAAGCCUGAAAACUAUUCAACUAUACUUGGUUUUCUAUCUGCUUGCUGAAAAACUAUCUCCAAUCAAGAUGGUCGGUGGUGGCCGUGCCCGUUUUAGCCCAUUCACAAGCUACUAUUAAUACUCUGCGGUACGUUUUUCCUUUUCUUAUGACACGGUUUCUUUCAUCUCUAAUCUUGCUUCGUUUAACUGGACAAAAUUUCUUUGGAGCUUGGGAGAAAGUAUGAUAUGGGCCUUUCGUACAUAACCAUCAAUUCCUGUUUAAUGGAUUUCAUCCAUUAAAACCCCCAGAACUAUGGUAUGAUGGUAAGAGGUAAGACUGUUUCCUAGACAACAAAGAUUCAAAUCUCACCUAUGACACAUUCCGUCUGGGAGUUUGAAAAACUUAUGACACUGGGCCAUCCACUAGGACCUAUCUACACUUCUCGAUUUACCUUUGUGACAGAUGAUAAACUUUUGUGGGGCCCGGAUUGGUCACCUCCGGAAUUAGUCGGUAAGAGCUAGAUACCUGGAUUACCAAAAAAUAAAUAUCCAGGAAUGAGUGAUUAUGAAUGAAGGCCCAAUAUCCUUAACCCGGCUCUAUAAGUUUUUGUCCACUUCAACGCUCAUGAGCAUAGUUAUACAAAUUGACCCAAUUCAAUUUAAAUUCGGGCUAAUAACAAAGAUUCGUGCCUAGUUAUAAAAAUUGAACCAAUUCAAUUUAAAUUCGGGCUAAUACCAAAGAUUUGUGCCUAUAAAUCAUUUAAAAAAUUUAUUGACUCGGUUUAGUUUGGAUUUUAGAGAAUUGGUGGGAGAUAUAUAUAUAAAAGAAUCCAUAUAUAGCCGAUCUCACUCAGUGGGAUAAAAGUUAGAUUGUUAUUGUUGUUGGUGAUGGUGGUGGAAUUAGGUUUUUAUACUAGAUCCAUUGAAAUUAUUGGGAAAUGAAAUUCUUCGUGUAAAAUUUUUAACAAGAACUAAAUAAGAAAUAUAUAGUGAGAAGAACUAUGCAAUAUGCAAUUGAAUAUAACUAUAAACAAUAACUAUAUUAGAAUUAUUAAUUGUGAAUUAAUAAAAAAAUAUAAAUAAUAAAUUUCUAUUGCAAGCCCUUUCUAUCAACUGAAAAGAAAUUGUUGAGUAAUUGCUUUUUCUAAAUAUCAAGUAUCUCAAGUAUGUAAAUAAAGUGCUAUAGAAUGUACAUUAUUUACUAUCUUACAUAGAUCCUAAUAAAUUUGAGGGGCAAUGUUAAUUAAAGAGAUAAAGUGAGGAAAGAAUGAAAGCAACGAUAUCAUUAAAAUAUCAUUGAAGAGGGGACGCUAGAGAAUGCUAAAAGGGGCAAACACCAAGCAAUGUUCCCUUGAUAUUGUAGAAGACAAUAGAGGUCUUGGAAGGGACAUAUGUCAUGGGUGGAAUGAUAAGUCGUUGACAUGGAAGGAAAAUAAGGAGAUAGAUGAUGAAAACAAAUUGAUCAAUCUCAUGAAUUUGUAAAAUUGUGGAAGACACAGUAGGAACUCAGAUUGAUGAAGAGGAAUUGACAAAGCUAUGAAUGACUACAUCACUCUAAAUUAACUAGAUUGUUAAUUAAUCAAAUAUUAUAUAUUUGCUAAUAUAACAUACAAUUAUAUAAAAUAUAUGACACACAUUAUAUAAUAUUGUUUCAUUUCAUUUUUUUGGGUUUUAUUAAAAAAAACUUGAAAAUCCGCCUUCAAUCCUAUAAUAUUGAAUCCCAAAAGCUACCUAUUUUUUUUUAAAAAAAAAAAUUGACUUUCCGUUCCAUUUUGAUAUAUUGUUUUCUUCGUCUAUCUCUAUUAUUAGUCGUUGUCAUGUUAAAAUUAUUGAAAAGCAGUUUUACCCAUCCAUUCUAUCCGUAUUUAAAUGACCCGUAAGAACCGACAGAGGGAGUCCAAUUUUCAUAACUAUGCUCAUGAGCCAAUUAUUACAUUUGAGAUAAGUUAUGGUACGGCCAAUCCUUUUUUUAAGCAGCAACUAAAGUUAAGUCAAUGAAGUUAAAAUGUUAGGAAUAAAAUGUGAAUGAGAAACUAGUCAAUAUAGUUAAAAUUUAUUUGUCAUAAUUAUUGUAAUUUAAUGUUGUAUAGAGUUGAUUUGAGAGAACUGUAAUAUUCCUCAUCAAAUUGUUGUGGCCAAGAUGCCUGUUGAUGUUGAUGUUUGAACCAUAAGCUUCUCUUUUACUUUAA